UCACAUUGGCUUCACUUGGUAUAUCUACUGAUGUGGAAUAAUCGAAGGUAACAGGUGGUACUGUUCAUUUACCGACGAGACAUCAUCGUUUGUGUUCCUGCUUUGUUUAUUUUGUUUUAUUUUGGUGUCUAUAAGUAUUUAGAUAUAAUUCGGAAACACGUGUGUGUUUACUAAAGAUGCAGACAUGAUGAUGCGAAUAGAACAGAUUCUAAUAUUUCACCUGUGAUGUUAAUUCUGCAUUCGCCAAACAGGAUGUAGAAAUGGAGCAUCAUCGACGACAUUUGAACUUUGAAAAAAUAAAACUCAAUGUCAGAGGAAGGCGUUUUGAGGUAAUUUCGUCAACGUUGAGGAAUAUUCCUAACACUCGACUAUCGUCUCUUGAUAAGAACUCAAAAUUUUAUGACGUGGCAAGAGAUGAGUAUUUCUUUGACAGGGACCCGGAUGUGUUCAAUUCUAUUAUUAAUUUAUAUGUAAUGGGAAAAUUACACAUUCCUAAAAAUGUAUGUGGAGCGGUCAUGAAAGAGGAAAUGACGUAUUGGAAAAUUCCUCAUCACAAAGUUUCCGAAUGUUGUUUGCGAACUUUUUAUCAAGUUGAAGAGGACCAAGGGAUGAUCGAAGAGAUAAAACGAGCGUAUGAAUACACAGAGACGUUACAAACAGAGACCAGUUGGAAAAUCAAAGCCUGGCUGAUGUUUGAUCAACCUGGGUCAUCAAUACAUGCCAAGGUAUGGCAUGGGUUUUACAUGGUAGUUCUUAUAAUGAGUGCUGUAGUGUAUUGUUUGUGGACCACGCCUUCACUAAGGACGACAUUAUACCUUUCUGCUGUAACUCCAGAGGAUUAUCCUUUCAUCAAAAGUGGCGCUAGCUUAAAAUUAAAACAGUUAAUCUUAAUGGAUCCUAUACCGACAUUAUUUGCACUAGAAAUUUUCUGCUUACUUGUAUUUACAAUAGAGUGGACUCUUCAUUUCUCAUUUUGUCCUCAAAAGGUUAAUUUCCUAAAAAGACCACUUAAUCUCAUAAAUGGUCUCUUAGUAGUUUGCAUGUGGAUAUCAUUUGGUCUGGAGUUUGCUAAGGGACACCUUGCCGCUAAUUCGUCUACAAGGGAGUUGUAUUUCGUAUGUAAAGCGGUAAACAUGAUGCGAUUGGUUCUUUUUCUGCGGUUAGAGAGACAGAUAAGUACAUUACGGGUAUUGAUAAUGACUAUAAAAGGAAGUAUGAAGGAACUAUGUUUACUAUUGAUAUCGUUUGGAAUGGCAACCAUGAUUUUUUCUACACUCAUAUACUAUGCAGAAAUUCAUGCUAACGAUGGAUUUGAUAGUAUUCAAAUUUGCAUGUGGUGGUCUGUUAUUACUAUGACAACUGUUGGUUACGGUGACUAUGUUCCGUCAACAACGAUUGGAUAUUUAGUGGGUGUCGUCUGCGCUGUCUGUGGAUUGUUGCUAUUAGCAAUGCCAAUUGCGAUCAUUGCAUCGAAUUUCUCAGAAUAUUAUUCUCAUCAGAAAAAUCGUGAUAGGUACAUUACAGCAAUCAAAUCAGAAAUAAAUAGUAGUCAAAUGAAUGGUAGUGGAACAUCAGUGAAAUCCAAUAAAACCAUUCCCAUGAACCACAACUGCACGUGAUCACUAACACUAUUCCCGUGAACCUCUAGCGACACGUGGUCAAUUACACCGUUCCCGUCACCCACUAGCUGCACGUGACAAAUAACAACAUUCACGUCAUUCACUAGCUGCACGUGAUCAAUUACACCCAUUCCCGUCAACCACUAGCUGCAUGUGAU